AUGGGAUCUCAACCAUGGUGUACAAAAGUUUUCUCAGAUUUUCGUGAAACUUUCAGGGUUGAUAGAGCAUCUGAUUCUAAACUUUUUGUAAUUCAUGAAGAAAGUUUUCGAUCAGACAAUAGUAUUGAUGAACCAAAUUCACCAAUAUUACAACGAUCAAAAUCAAGUAUUGAUCAAGUAAAACAUACCGAACAAUGUAUUCAAACUGAAGUAACAUAUCCACUUGAUUCAACUGAUCUUCGACAAGGUUGUUUUCUCAUUGAUGAUGAUGAUGAUGAUGAUGAUGAUCGAAAUCAAUCGGAAUCAUCUCCAGCAGUAGUUUGCAUAAAAAAAGAAGAUGAUAUUAGAACUAAUAAACGAAAUGUUUCCAUUAAUCUCAAUCCAAUAUCUAUUGAUUGUAAAUUAGAAAUACCCAAACUUGAAAUUUAG